AUCGCGAAAACGCAUCAAGCCGAUUCGUCUGAGACCCCACCAGAGCUGCCUAAGCAGAUGAAGCACGACCCAGAUGAAUACCUGCACGCAAAGAAACAACUCAAGAAGGCCAUACUCGAGUGUUAUCGAGGGUUGGAGGUCCUGGAGAACUACCGCGCAUUGAACUUAAUAGGCUUCCGGAAAGCCUUAAAAAAGUUUGAGAAAUAUACCAAGAUCCCAGCGCAACAAGCAUACUUCACUGAGAAGAUUGAACCGAGCGCAUUCUCUUCUGGAGUAACCAUGCAGGGCAUGAUUCGUGAGAUGGAGGAGCUUUACGCCGCUCGAUUUACCAAAGGAGACAACAAAGUUGCUAAGACGCGCCUGCGUGGAUUCAUGCAACAUAAGACACACCAUUUCAGUACUUUCCGGACUGGUCUCAUGCUUGGCUUAGCCUUGCCAGCGUUAGUUGACGGGCUGUACCUCAGUUUCAGACAUGAUACCCGUCAAGCCGUUCCCGGAUACGAUGGCCUUUUAUUUGUAUACUCAAUCCUACUAAUUCCCGUCCUAUUCUCUCUCCUCCUUGGGCUGAAUGUCCUCGUUUGGUCCAAAUCCCGUAUCAACUACGUCUUCAUCUUCGAGCUCGAUUUAAAGACGAAACUCGAUCAUCGAGAAUAUUUCGAGGUCCCUGCACUUAUGUUAUCAACACUCUGCUACGCUUUCUGGCUCUCCUUCGCUCGUAUCGGGUCGUCGCAUUUCUCGCCGACAUUGUGGCCUCUCAUUUGGCUCAUCCUCGCCGUGGUGAUCCUUCUGGAUCCCCUACCGUUCUAUUCCAGACACUCCCGAUUCUGGGUGCUCAAAGAGCUAUAUCGCUUGUUGACUUCGGGAGCGCAUCGUGUCGAGUUUGCGGACUUCUGGACAGGAGACCAAUUCUGCAGCCUCGUCUUUACUCUGUCGAAUCUUUAUUUCGUUGGCUGCGCAUAUGCCGGCGGGUUCGAUGAACACUGGGCUCGAUGCUUGGGGACCGAGGAGUGGGGCAUACCGUUCGUCCUCGCAUCGCUACCAUUUCUUGCGCGUCUCGCGCAAAGCAUCAGGCGUUGGGUCGACUCGAAGUUGAACACUCACUUAAUUAACGGAGGUAAAUACGCGGCCGGCAUCAUAUACUAUCUCGUAUAUUUUAAUUGGAGGCAUAAUGGUUGUUUUGUGCUGUGGUGCAUCUUCGGCACCGUUUAUGCUCUGUACGCUUCCGCCUGGGAUCUAUUGAUGGAUUGGUCCGUGCUACGCCCUCGGGCGCGCCACCCGUACUUGCGGGACGAGCUGCUGUAUACCAACUAUAUACCACUUUACUAUAUCGCCAUGGUUACUAAUGUCCUAAUUCGCUUUAUUUGGGUGUUCUACAUCCCCGUGCGAGGGCCAAGUGUUGUGCUUCGGACGUUCAUCGCUGGCAUGCUGGAGAUGUUCCGACGCUUGCAGUGGAACUUCUACCGUCUAGAGAACGAACAUAUCGGUAAUAUGGAUCAAUACCGCGUCACACGAGAGGUGCCGUUACCAUACAGCGUCGACGAGAUUCACGAAGACGACGAAGACGAAGAAGAU